AUGUCUGUGCGAGUGUUUGCUGAGGACCAGUUUGAUUUGAGUUUUGAACUGGGGAAGGGUGCCUUUGGUGUGGUUUAUAAGGCGCGGGACCUGGUGGAGGACCGGGACGUGGCCAUCAAGCAAGUGGAUCUGGAGUCUUCUGAGGAGAUCCGCGAGAUCCAACAGGAGAUUGCAAUUUUGGCCAGUUCGAACCAUGAAAACAUCACGAGAUACUACGGCAGUUUUCUGAAGGGUUACAAACUCUGGAUAGUGAUGGAGUUUCUGGGCGGUGGUUCUUGCGCUGAUCUGCUUGCAGCUGGUCCCUUUGACGAGACGGUGAUCUCGCUAUUGUGUCACGAUUUGCUUUUGGCAUUGGUAUAUCUACACGAAAGUGGGAAGAUACAUCGGGAUAUUAAAGCAGCAAAUGUUCUUUUAAGCGAACAGGGAGAAGUCAAGAUUGGAGACUUUGGGGUGGCUACACAGCUGUCUGGAAACUUGUCCAGACGAAACACUUUUGUCGGGACGCCCUAUUGGAUGCCGCCGGAAGUGAUUCUCCACAAAGAUUACAAUUAUAAGGCGGAUAUCUGGUCAUUGGGAAUUACGGCGAUGGAGUUUGCAUAUGGCCGUCCUCCACUUUCUGAAUUCCACCCUUUUGAUGUUCUUUUCAAAAUCGCUGACCAGCCGCCUCCAAGUCCUGGAUCAGAUUUCAGCUCGGAUUUCCGGGCAUUUGUAGCUUUAUGUUUGCAAAAAGAUCCGAAAGAAAGGCCCAAUGCGAAGACCCUGUUGAAACACCCGUUCAUCAAGGCCUGGAAGCACAUCAACAGAUCCGUUCUUACAAAGCUGAUCGACAAAAAGAUGAAGUGGGAUAUCGAGACAGGCAACACUAACAAAGUAUACUAUGUUCCCAGUCGAUCGCAGAAAACCGUGGAUCCCAAAACGCCUGCCUCAGACGUGUUUGAUCUGGGGACGGUUACCGUACGGGAACGCGAUGAUACCACACUAAGGGCAAUUUCAAACAACCAAAUGAGGCCAAAACGUGCGUCUGAUGCACCUGAGUCUGGUCUGCUUUUGAAGAAAGCUUCCACAGUUUCCGUGGAGGAGACAGUUAGCGUGAUAGAAGACAGAGAAAGGAAGAACCGACUCAAAUUGAAUUCGAUGCUCAAUCACGCAUUUGACGAUACCACUUCAACGCUAAAUUUGAACACUCACCAGUACGAUACUUUGGUGAAAUUCCAGUCUAGUCUGAUCACCAGCUCUUUCAUAGACCCAGAAAUGAAACAAAUCUUCCCCACGUUUUUCAGGCAUUUUCUGAACAGACUCAUGCUUUCAGACACGGAAAGUUUGAAAAAGAUGCUUUUACCCAGUCAUUACAAUGAAAUGGAGACGUUGGCAGCCACUUCCAGGAAGAAAAUGCAAAAAGUCUUACCCCGGGACGAGAUUGAAGAGCUGCUAUUUGGCCGUUGGGCCGAGUCAGCUCUUGAGAGAUGGCCGGCGGCCGAGAACGAAUGA